AGAACUUCUGCGGAAUUGGGGGAAGAGGAAGGUGGCUGCGGUGUUCCAAACAAUUUGGAAGGGAGUGACCCAUGAGGGUGUAUUUGGGUAUAAACAGCACCGUUUGUGCAACUUUCCUGACCAUCUGUACAAGAGAAGGGAGCAUUUCGAAGUGCGGAGGAAGACAGGCUGUGUACCACAGCUAUGGCCAUGGCUCUCAACUUACUUUACCUUGUAUUGAUCACAUCAGUGAUUUUACAAACUGCGACAUCGAGCACCUUCAAAGAAUCGAUUUACCUGGUGACGGUCAGCUCGGAGGUGGUAGGAGGGACCACAGAGAAACUUUGUGCUCAGGUCCACCAAGCCACAGAGCCUCUGUUGUUGAAGGUGUUGAUGAAGAUGGAGGGUGGCAGCAGCACCAUUCUACUGGAGGAAGCCAUAAGAAAGGAUUUCUAUCGCUGCACCUCCUUCCAGGUACCCCCAGUGAAGGUUGACAGUGUGGCCACUGUCCAUGUUAGCGUCAAGGGGAGGAAGGAGGAGAUGAGCAAAAACACCAAGAUCCUUAUCAAGGCCAAAAGUUUCCUCACCAUUUUCCAGACAGACAAACCAGUCUACAAACCUGGACAGACAGGCCUACUGUUAAUAAUGUUGACAGUAUACUUGUGA